ACUGCACUCCAGCCUGGGAGACAUAGCGAGACUCUGUCUCAAAAAAAGAAAAAAUGUCUAUGGGAAAAUGCAUGAACCGCUUGUCUCUGGCUGCUGGGAUCCUUCCUGCUUUCUAACACUUCAUCCAAAAGGCAGACUUUCUCAGGUCGCUUCCCCACACAUUCACAUUCAUUCCCGAGCUGACUUUUCCAGCAGGUAAAAUCUCACGUUUCUUUUUCUCACUGAUGAUUCGCUGUUGAGUUGUUUCCUUCCAUCCUGAGCUGUGAUCAGUAAGAUUUGGGGCUUGGUGAGUUGAAACCAAGGAAGUAAAAUAAGAUCUUUCUAAAGAGUGCACCACACGCACGAGUAGAACAAACCUAGAUCUUGCUUAGAUCUGCUGGUGGACGGGGCGACGCACCCUCUCAACGGCUGUCCCCGGGGCUGCCUGUGGCUGGGACUGAGUGGCCUCCCAGACCUCUCUUCUCGGACAGCCCCAGGGAGGGUCCCCCAGUGGCAGGGCCUGUGUGCCUCUUGCCUGCUGCCAACUGGUGACGUCAGCCGGCUGUCUACCAUGUGCAGGGUUCUGGCCAGGUCAGUGCCGAACAUAGAGAGUGAAGAAGGAGGAAAAAGUCACUCCAGGGAGCUUAGCAUUCGAGGGCAGAAGGUGGGAAAACCCACCCAGGGAGCCCACCCAUAGACAUUUCUGAGUGGAGCUGGUCACGCGUUCCACGGAGCUGGUUCCCUCCUCUGCUCUGUCUCAGGAGCAGGGGGUAUUCAGAUGCCGGGAGCCUGGUCCACAGGAGCCUCCCAGGCCUCCCCUCUAGGGGCUUGGACCCAGGCCGUCUGCAGGGCCUGGAGGUCUGCACGUUGGAAGAACCUUCCAGUCAGCUGAUGGUCAGCCUGGCGUGGAAACCCCCAGGGAGGAGGAGGCCCCCAGCAGUGUCCAAACUGGGAAAGAGCAGGAUAUGGUGCCGUGAAAAUGGGGAUUAGCCCUUCCAGAGGGAAGGGGACGGAGCUGGGGCUGGGGAUGAAAUAUGUCUUCACCCGACUGGGUGUGGCAGGCCGCCACCCUGAGCAGAAGAGGCGGCCUCAGCCCCCAGGGGGCACUGGGCUGCCUUCAGGCUACCAGCCGACCCGGACCCCGCAGCAGGUUCACCGAGUCUCUGUCACCACGAGAUGGCGCUGUCUACUAAAAUAAACGCAUCACUCACACAGCCUGCGGGAGACAGCUGGGUGUGGAAGAGUCGAAUUAGGGUUAUGUGACUUCUUCCUUUGAAAUCAAGAAACACACAUUGUCAAAGGUCAUUUAGCCUUCAGCUGGUGACCUGUGUAGCCUGGCGCCAUGGCUGUGCUGUCCUGCAGGCCACGGUGGGGUUGCUAGAGCCGGCAGCUCCUCAGAAGGGGCCUCUGUCCAGAAGUGCCGCUGUUUUCCCUCAGUAUUCCUGCCUGCCUUGGAUUAGCAUUUUAGCUCAGCGCAUGGCCUCCACCCUCAACAACCCCUGUGCCUCCCACAGCCCCCGUGCCUCCCACCCACGGUCCCAUCUCAGGCGGGGGCAGCCGAUCUUCCAGGCGCUCAGCCCCCAACCCCACUGCAUCCUCGCCUCCCUGUUCCUCUCUUGCCCACCCCCAGAUGCUCUUCAACCUCACCUUCAAGAAAGAUCCAGAACCAGAUGGAACCCCCCACCUCCUCCACCUCUACUACUUCCCCAGCUGCCACUGUCCCUGUGGAUUCUUUUGGCCACCUCCUAGCCAGCCGUCGGCACCCAUCCCUACCCAGCCUCUAUACCCUUCUCGCAGCAGCCGCCAGAGUGAGCCUGCUGAAACCCAGGUCAGAUCACCGCACUGCUCUGCUCGGAAGCCUCCAGGGCUCCCCUUGGCCCUCCAAGUAGAACCCAGUGUUGUCAAAAUGGCUCACAGGGCCCAGCAGGACCGGCUGUCUCCCACUCCUCACUCUGCUCCAGCCACAUGGGCCUUCUCCAAUGCACCAUGCUUGGACCUGCCCCAGGGCCUUUGCACUGUGGGGCCCUCUGCCUGAAGCUGUGUUCCCCAGGCUCCCUGUCACCUCCUUCGAGUCUUCACUCAGCAGGCGCUUUCUCAGUGAGCCCUACCUGACAUGCCACCCCACCUCAAUGUACUAUUGCGUCGUCCCUCCAGUCCCUCUGUGGCGGCGACCCCCGUCCCCUUUCCCAGGCGUGUGUUUCUUUCCGCAGCUCCAGUGGCUGUUGGAUAAUUAUGAAACUGCGGAAGGCGUGAGUCUCCCCCGAAGUUCUCUUUACAACCACUACCUCCGGCACUGCCAGGAGCACAAGCUGGACCCGGUGAAUGCCGCCUCCUUCGGGAAGCUGAUCCGUUCUGUGUUUAUGGGGCUGAGGACACGGCGGCUGGGCACCAGGGGCAACUCGAAGUACCAUUACUACGGGAUUCGUCUGAAGCCAGACUCUCCGCUGAACCGGCUGCAGGAGGACACGCAGUACAUGGCCAUGCGGCAGCAGCCCAUGCAUCAGAAGCCCAGGUACCGGCCAGCCCAGAAGACGGACAGCCUUGGGGACAGCGGCUCCCACGGCAGCCUGCACAGCACUCCAGAGCAGACCAUGGCCGCGCAGAGCCAGCACCACCAGCAGUACAUAGAUGUCUCCCACGUCUUCCCCGAGUUCCCAGCGCCCGACCUGGGCAGCGUCCUGCUGCAGGACGGCGUCACACUGCACGACGUCAAGGCCCUGCAGCUGGUGUACAGACGGCACUGCGAGGCGACUGUAGAUGUGGUGAUGAACCUGCAGUUCCACUACAUUGAGAAGCUGUGGCUCUCCUUCUGGAACUCCAAGGCCUCCUCCAGCGACGGCCCCACCUCUCUUCCUGCCAGUGACGAAGACCCCGAGGGUGCCGUCCUGCCCAAGGACAAGCUCAUCUCCCUGUGUCAAUGCGACCCCAUCCUCAGGUGGAUGAGGAGCUGCGACCACAUCCUCUACCAGGCGCUAGUGGAGAUUCUCAUCCCCGACGUGCUGAGGCCGGUCCCCAGUACCUUGACACAGGCCAUCCGUAACUUUGCCAAGAGCUUGGAAGGCUGGUUGACAAAUGCCAUGAGCGACUUCCCACAACAGGUCAUCCAGACCAAGGUGGGCGUCGUCAGUGCCUUUGCCCAGACGCUGCGGCGCUACACAUCCCUCAACCACCUGGCGCAGGCGGCCCGGGCGGUGCUGCAGAACACGUCCCAGAUCAACCAGAUGCUCAGCGACCUCAACCGCGUGGACUUUGCCAAUGUGCAGGAGCAGGCCUCGUGGGUGUGCCAGUGUGAGGAGAGUGUGGUGCAGCGGCUGGAGCAGGAUUUCAAGCUGACCCUGCAGCAGCAGAGCUCCCUGGACCAGUGGGCCAGCUGGCUGGACAGCGUGGUCACCCAGGUCCUGAAGCAGCAUGCUGGCAGCCCCAACUUCCCCAAGGCCGCCCGGCAGUUCCUGCUGAAAUGGUCCUUUUACAGCUCCAUGGUGAUCCGGGACCUGACCCUGCGCAGCGCUGCCAGCUUCGGCUCCUUCCACCUCAUCCGCCUGCUCUACGACGAGUACAUGUUCUACCUGGUAGAGCACCGCGUCGCGGAGGCCACCGGAGAGACUCCGAUCGCUGUGAUGGGAGAGUUCAACGAUCUCGCCUCUCUGUCGCUGGCGCUGCUUGACAAAGAUGACAUGGGCAAUGAGCAGCGCGGCAGCGAGGCGGGCCCAGAUGCCCACAGCCUGGGCGAGCCCCUGGUGAAGCGGGAGCGCAGUGAUCCCAACCACUCCCUGCAGGGCAUCUAGCAGCCCCGGCCGGCUCCUCUGCCAGGUUCCAGAAGAUGCCGCCCGGUCGCUCUGGGAACCUGGACUUCACCGGCUCCACCAAAUUAGUGCCUCUUAGACGAUGGAUGUUUACUUUGACUCAAGCGGGGCCUCCCGGGGUCAGCAUGCCCUUGAAGGCCAAGAGAGUGUUCAAGAAGGAAAGCAGUUGUUGAAGCUACAGAAGCCUGGGCCGGGGCUCCCACUGACUGUAGCUGUGCUCUGGGUGCCAGGCCCCUGUACAGCCACCAGGGCCACACCAGACCAUGGGUUCUUUGUUCUGGACAAACCCUCCUCUGCUGGAACUCCGGACUUUGGCCCCAGUCCCUUUAAGAGCUGAAGGAGCUGUGCUGAGAGCGCUGGCCCCUACACUCAACUGGAACCAAUUUUCACCAUGAUUUAAAAUGGAAAAACCUGGCAGAGCCCGAAUAGAAAGGGACGGCCUCUCCCCUCCUACCUGCCACCACUGGGGCGGCACAGAGCUCGCCAGCAUCCCUGGAGCCCCCUCAGGAAUGGAAAGUGGAGUGCCCUUGUCUGGUAGCACCAUGUGGGAGGGACCCAGCUGGGAGCGGUGCCCUGCGGCCUUUUAGAGCCAGACUGCCCUGCCCCGAUGCGCUGAGGCGGGAGGCCAGCUAUACUGCAGGAACCCAUCUCCAGAUGCCAAAGGACUUGAGGGGCAGCUGACAAUUGCUGUGUCCUGGACAGAUCCGCAGCUCGAGAAAGAACAAGCCACAGAAAUGGGCUCGCUCGUGCCAGGACAAAGCAGUGUCUUCCAAAAACUCAAAACCAGAAGUUCUAUCAGCACCAGGAAGGAUCUGGGGCUCUGUCCAAGUUCACCGUCACCAUCAAGCCGCUGGCUGUGGAAGGAGUCUGUCCAACAGGAACAGAGUCACAGCCGCGACUUCGGAAAGCAGCCAUCCCGCCUGUCGUCCAAACAGCAGUGCCUGCGUCCCACUCCACGGAGUCUUCCAGAACACCUCCCUCUGAAUUAAUCCCGGAGCACCCCAAACCCCAGCGAGUCCCACUUUGUCCUCUUCAAAGUCAAAACUCUUCUCUGGGGACAAAUAUUCGGGACUUUUGAAGCCCCGAACUUGAGACACCGAGUUUGUCUCCAUGGAGACACGUAGCCGCUGCAGUUGGACAGCUGCGUGCUGGAGUUUCUGCCCCCAAACCAACUGCAGAGAAGAAAGACCAGCCUCAGCCCAGGACGCGCUUUCUAACGCAAUGCAAUAGUUUUCUCUUUUUGGAAAAAUGUUUAUACCAAUAGUUUUGUGCUCUAUUGUUAUUAGAACGUUUCUUAUGAAUGUGUACAUUGCCGUAUAUUCAGUCCCAAAUGUUUUGUUCUCAUUCACACAGAAGGUACUAAUAGCUCACGUGGCCUUUAAAAACCUUACUUCCCUGCUUGCAGGAGCUCAGAGCAACGCUCGGCCUGCGCCAGAGCGGACGGGCAGGAAGAGAAAGACGCGUGCUCACUUUAGAAACGAAAAGUCAGGAAUAAUCACUGUUUGUCUGGUCGUAUAGCCCAAACCUUAGUUGAAAUCCGACGGAAAGAAUGUCUUUAUACGUCUCCUCUCCUUGGAGACACUGAAGCUCACAGUUAACAGAUUGUAACGCCCGGCUUUUGCUCACUCCUGGUAACCAAUACAAGCUGGUUUCUGCCUUA